AUCCCCUCCAUCCAUCUUCACCUCCUCAAACCACCACCUCAACCCCCACCAUGUCCGCCCAAGAAUACUUCGGUGGCAGCCCCGCCCCGGGCAACGGUGAUCGGCCAAAACUACAGCCCUUACCCCCUCACUCGCCCCAGCCCGGCUACAACAACAACUACAACGGCGGACGCCCCCCCUACCCGCAGCAAGAAGGCUACGGCUCCCCCCAACAGCCCCCACCCUACUCCACGGACGGCAACCCCACGGAUCCCGCCGAGGCCGCCGAGCACGAGAAAGGCCUGAUGGGCGCCCUCGCCGGCGGCGCGGCCGGCGGCUUCGCAGGACACAAGGUCAACCACGGGAUCCUGGGCACGAUCGGCGGGGCGAUGAUGGGAUCCGUCGCGGAAGACGGCAUCAAGAAGCACAAGGAGAAGAAAGAGGCUGAAGAGCGCCACCGGAUGGAGAUGGAGCAGCGUCAGCGCUAUGAGAUGGAACAGCAGCAACGCCAGCGCUACGAGAUGGAACAGCGUCAGCGCUACGACCAGGACCACCACCACCACCACCACCACUGCCACUCUCCCCCCGUGCAGGCCAUGCGGGGGAACUUCUCCGCCUCGGCGCGGGACAUCCGUCUCGAGGGGCUCGAUCUGGUGGCACACUGUGGUCGCGUGUCCGGGGAGCUGGAGCGGUCGUAUUUGCCGCUGAAUGCGGUGUUGACGAACCGCUGGGGAGACUUUGCGUGGUCCCGCGAGGGGAACUUUGGGGCGUCGGCGCGGAAUGUGCGGUUGGUUGAUGGGGGGAGGGUGCUUGAGGCGGAGUUGGGCGAUGGUAGUGGCGGUUGGAAGAGGAGUUUUGUCAGGUUGGAUGAGAGGAUCACGAACCAGAAUGGUCAUUUGGUCUUUUUAGAUUAGAGGUGAUUGAUUGUGGUGGAGGGGGGUUUUGGUUCUUUUCUUGUAUCUCUGGUCUGGAUGAUUGGAUGGAUAUUAUUAUUAUGGAUUGAUAGCCUUGGUAUCAGAUUGUUAAUAUUGGUUUGAUUUGUGCUGUUCUAGUGGAGCACUUUGGAAAUGGGACAUUUUCGGAUGAAAUUAACUACUCCGGUCUCUAUCAUGAUCUUGUCACAAUGGCGAUCUCUUGGCAAGAUAUGCUCGCGUCUUGGGAAGUUGAACUGCCAGACAAUACGAAGCAACCAAGGCCUCGGUGGAGAGGCAUGAACGGAGAGAUUGCACAAGCUAUAACAAAAGCCCAGCAACAGAAGCCAAG